AUGUCAAGAACAUGUAUAAUUACUGGUGGUACCGGUUUAUUGGGAAAUAGUUUUCGGGAAAUGGUAAAGAGUGAAAACAAAGAUUUCAUUGAAACUGAAAAUGAAAUCAUUAUAAAUUCUAAUGAUAAAAAUGUAAUUAAAAAAUACGUUUUUUUAAGUUCUAAAAUGUGUAAUUUAAAAAAUUAUGAUGAAACGAAAAAUUUUUUUGAAAAAAAUAAGUUUACUGAUAUAAUACAUUUUGCAGCCCAUGUGGGAGGUUUAUAUGCGAAUAAAAAUAACAAUUUACAAUUUUUGUUAAAUAAUUUAGAUAUUAAUUUAAAUAUAGUCAAAGUUUGUCACAAAUAUUCGAUAACUAGAGGUAUAUUUACACUAUCCACGUGUAUUUUCCCUGAAAAAUGUGAUUUACCAUUAAUUGAAGAAAAUGUUCAUAAUGGGAGGUGUCAUUUAAGUAAUGAAGGUUAUAGUACAUCGAAAAGAGUUUUAGAAAUAUUGGUUCGGUAUUAUAGGGAAAAAUACAAUUAUCAAUGGAUGUGUAUAAUACCUACAAAUAUAUACGGCAAAUAUGAUAACUUUAACUUAGAAAAUGCUCAUGUAAUACCUUCUAUUAUUCAUAAGAUAUAUUUAGCAAAAGUUAAUAAUACAAAUGUAAAGCUUAUGGGAGAUGGUUCAGCUAUUCGACAAUUUAUUUACAAUAGAGAUAUAAGCAAUAUUUUGUACUAUAUUCUCAAUAUUUAUUAUUCACAUAAUUUAACUAUUAUUAAGGAUAAUAUUUAUAAUGUUAUUCUCUCCACGAAUUUACCUUCAAAUGAAUUAAGUAUUAAAGAGCUGGCGAACAAAAUAAAGCAUUACAUGAAAUUUAAUAACGAAAUAUUGUUUGAUGAUACGCAAGACAAUGGGAUUCACAAGAAGACGGCGUGCAACGAUAAACUAUUGUCCAUAAUAAAUAGCUCUUUCUCAUUUACUGAUAUAGAUAAAGGUUUAAAAGAAACUAUUGAUUGGUUCAAUACUGAAUAUAAAAAUAUAAGAAAAUAA